UUUCGUUCGUACUGCAACAUUUCUGUAACAGUCCAUUGACGUCAGGAGCGAAGGCACAAAAGUUGGAAUUGAAAGUGUUUUAUUGCGAUUCUUAAUGCCUAGUGAUGUCCGAUUUUGGUAGCGCAUUUUCACGGUGUGGUCGAUUAGGUAUCAUAUUUGUUUAUUGCUGGCUAUCCGGACAGAAUUGGUCGUGUUGUUAUUGUUGCCUAUCAAAUUACGGUUCCAAGACGACAACCAAAUCAAACGUAUACUACAACCAAACUCAAACUUCAACAUUCCCAAAAAUUACGUCAACAGCUUUGCCAACAACUACGCUAACAACUGAGUCUGCAACUGCGUCUACAACAGCGUCCACAACUGAUCCAUCUUUUAAACCGCAAAUUCAGACAACAGCAAAUGUUCAACUGUCGUCGGGGGAAUUAUCAAACAAAUCUGAUAGUCAAGCAAACAUGCUAAUAAUUAUUAUUCCAUCUGUAGCACUCAUAAUUUUACUGAUUGUGGGAGCUAUACUGAUACAGAAAAAAUGUCAAACGAGAAGAAAGGACAAAGAAACUUCUGAAGUGGAGAGCGACCAACAGCAACAGCACGCAAUCGAUUAUGAUAAUCUGAUUCAAUCAACAAAUUCAAUACGAUUGGAUCCGGAAGGCAAAUGUUUUUACGAGAACAGUGUGGCUGAAUCACCAGCAAUCGAACUGCAAUCAAUCAGCAGUCCCGUGUAUGCCACUUUAGAGUUUCUUCCGAAUAAUUCCAUAGUUGAAGACUAUGCUAACACUUUUCGUUCAGUACAGUUUCUAAAUGGGGACAUUUCCACCACAUAUGCUGAAAUAAAUUUCAAGUCCAGUGAAUAAACGUCAUUAAAAAAUUAAA